AUGGAAGCUCAGUGGGGUUCCAACUUCCAAUCAAAAACACUACCAGAAGUUUCGAAUGACCUUGACGUGCCUCAAGAAGAUUUGACCGAGGAGAAUUCCGAUGUUUGGGACGAUAGCGCCUUAAUAACUGCUUGGGAUCAUGCUGUUAAGGAAUACCAAUCUUUUCAUAGUAUCAAAACUGAAAAAACUACCAACAAAAUUGAUAACAUUAAAAAUAAAGGUGUGGAUCGAGAUGACGAAUCGGCAUUAAAAUCGAGUGAUGAUAAAAAGGUUCGAGGAAAAACGUCAAUGGGAUCAAAAGAAGCGUCUGUAGCUGGUAAAAGGGUGCCAUCAUAUCACUCGCAAUCAUCAUAUAUGGGGUAUCCUCCAUACUCUUAUCACCAGUAUCCAAGCUAUUAUUCAUAUCCACCGCCACCUCCACCAAAGGCCGGGUCUUUUCCUGAAAAGCCAACUAAUGCAGAGGCUAAAUCCUCUACGGACCAAACACAAAAAGAAAAGGUCGAUGAUUCGUCAGUAGAAGAAACUGACCAUAUACAUACGCAAGAUUCGUACACACAUUAUGGCCAUGGUUCAGAUUCAGCGACAGGUGAUAAUUCUUAUUAUUCAGCUUAUGGAUGGUAUAAUAAUUAUCCUCCACCACCGCCACCACCUCAAUUUUAUUAUCAAACGCCGCCGAUAAUGGAUCCUAAUGUAUCAUAUUUUCCAGGAUGGAGAUCAAUGCAACCGCCAAAGCCUCAAACUGCUAUUCCACCGCCGAUGAUAGAUGACGAUGCAUUGAGCAAUUUAUUGAUGGCAUGGUACUAUUCUGGUUAUUACACUGGGUUAUUUCAG